GAUACAGAUCAGAUGGUGACUGAAUAGAAGCUGCCCUAGUCCUGGGUUCAUGAUGUACGCACCUGUUGAAUUUUCAGAAGCUGAAUUCUCACAAGUUGAAUAUCAACGAAAACAGCAAUUUUGGGACUCAGUGCGGCUAGCUCUUUUCACAUUGGCAAUUGUAGCAAUCAUAGGAAUUGCAAUUGGUAUUGUUACUCAUUUUGUUAUUGAGGAUGAUAAGUCUUUUUAUUACCUUGCCUCUUUUAAAGUCACAAAUAUCAAAUACCAAGAAAAUUAUGGCCUGAAAUCUUCAAGACAGUUUAUAGAAAGGAGUCAUCAGAUUGAAAGAAUGAUGUCUAGGAUAUUUCGACGUUCUUCUGUAGGCAAUCGAUUUAUCAAAUCUCAUGUUAUCAAAUUAAGUCCAGAUGAACAAGGUGUGGACAUUCUUAUAGUGCUCAUGUUUCGAUAUCCAUCUACUGAUAGUGCUGAACAAAUCAAGAAAAAAAUUGAAAAGGCUUUAUAUCAAAGUUUGAAGACCAAACAGUUGCCUUUUACCAUAAACAAACCAUCAUUUAGACUCACACCUCUUGACAGCAAAAAGAUGAGGAAUCUUCUCAACAGUCGCUGUGGAAUAAGGAUGACAUCUUCAAACAUGCCAUUACCAGCAUCCUCUUCUACUCAAAGAAUUGUCCAAGGAAGGGAAACAGCUAUGGAAGGGGAAUGGCCAUGGCAGGCCAGCCUCCAGCUUAUAGGGGCAGGCCAUCAGUGCGGAGCCAGCCUCAUCAGUAACACAUGGCUGCUCACAGCCGCUCACUGCUUCCGGAAAAAUAAAGACCCAACUCAAUGGGUUGUUACUUUUGGUACAACUAUAACACCACCUGCAGUGAAACGAAAUGUGAAGAAAAUUAUUGUUCAUGAGAAUUACCAUAGAGAAACAAAUGAAAAUGACAUUGCUUUGGCACAACUCAGUACUGGAGUUGAGUUUUCAAAUAUCGUCCAGAGAGUUUGCCUCCCAGAUUCAUCUAUAAAGUUGCCACCUAAAACAAGUGUGUUUGUCACAGGAUUUGGAUCCAUUGUAGAUGAUGGACCUACACAAAAUAAACUUCGGCAAGCCAGAGUGGAAACCAUAAGCACUGAUGUGUGUAACAGAAAGGAUGUAUAUGAUGGCCUGAUAACUCCAGGAAUGUUAUGUGCUGGAUUCAUGGAAGGAAAAGUAGAUGCAUGUAAGGGUGAUUCUGGUGGACCUCUGGUUUAUGAUAAUCAUGACAUCUGGUACAUUGUAGGUAUAGUAAGUUGGGGACAAUCAUGUGCUCUUCCCAAAAAACCUGGGGUCUACACCAGAGUGACUAAGUAUCGAGACUGGAUUGCCUCAAAGACUGGUAUGUAGUGUGGAUUGUCCAUGAGUUGUACACAUGGCACACGGAGCUGAAACUCCUGCACAUUUUGUAUUAUUUAUAUUUAUGUAGUUUGGAUUAGUGCUUUUGGUUGCUGUCAAGAAACCCUUCAGACCCAGACAAAUCUAAUAUCUUGAGGUGGCCUUUACGUACGUAAGACCAAACUCUGUCUACCAUGAGGGAAGAAGACAGCAAAUGACAGACAGCGCCUAUUCCUUACUCACAAGGGAAGCUGCUUGUAUUACCUCCUAAUAAGAUAAAUAAGUGGUUUCCCUCAAUCGAAGACGGGAACAUCAUUUUCCACAGGAUAUGAAGAGCUGCCAGUGCUGCCAAAAUUAUACCUCAUAUAAUACCUGGAGCACCUGAGAUUCUUCCUUGUGAAAAAAGCGGUCUGCCUUGAAGACUCAGAACUUCAACAUUCUAGAACUAAUAAGUGCACAUUCAGUGUGCAAGAAUGGAGAAGCGUGGGAUUUGCAAUAUAACUUGAACUCUAACCUGGGCUUAUAUCUAAUAAUACAGAGGACUAUCAUUAACCUCAAGAGUUGACAUUUUAAAAGUAUUUAAAUGUAUCUGAACUUGCUGUUAACACAGUGUUAUAUACUCAAGCACUAGCUUCGGGAAGUAUAUUGUGUUGUUAAGAAGCAUUUCUGAUUUAUUCUUUAACGGCAUCUUGCCAUCCAUAUGUUAGUUGCAGUCAGCCCAGAAAGGGGGGAAGAAACUUGAGAGCAUUUUUCCAUGAGUACAAGGAGGAUAAUAGAAGUGGAUGAAGGCUAGGAGAGUUGGUUUCAAAUAAUUAGUAACAGGACAAGCACUCUAAUUUUUUAUGAAAUGAGCCACCUAAUUAUUUACUUAGAAAUAUUUAUAUCAGUAUAUGGCAACUGGUACUUUUGAAAGUCUUCAGCUCGCUGACAAGUCAGACAUCUGUCAGAGUAUCAGGUCAGCUGUCUAUCAGAAUAUCAGAGCUGAUUUGUGUAAAGCUUUGUGUGAAGCACUUAGGACAGUGCCUGACAUACUAUGCGCUGAAUAAAUCAUUGUUACAUGGAAAUGAAUGCCUUGGCAAGCUUUGAGAUAAAUGACCUCAAUUUUCUCAGAUAAGUACUACAUACAGCUCAAAUCCUAAUGAUGGUAGUAGUGGUAGAAAGCACGGGCUUUGAACCAGUCUGCUCAAGCUGGAACAUUGUCUCUGCCUCAUACGAGCCUUGUGUCCUUGCUCAAGUUACUUAACAUCUCUCUUCAUUAACUCUUUCACCUCUACAAUGGGAAUAAAAGUGGCACUACCUCAUAUAGUUAUUCUGAGAAUUAAAUGAAUUAAAACAAGUAAAACACUUGCAAUAGUGUCUGCACACAGUAGGUUCUCAAUAUGGAUUAGCUACUAUUUAUCAUUAAUAAUGUGUUUUAGAAUCAAUAAAACUUACC